CCAGACUGUGUCUCUUGGUACAAACUUCUGCCUUCUUUUUUGUCUUUAGCUACUUUACUUAAAAAAAAAUCCAGGGAGUAAUUCGAAAGGAUCUAAAUCCAAUACUUCAUUGGGAAAGGAUGUUGGCUGUUGAAUCCUAUCACUGUGAGCGCUGUGGGAGCGAUUUUGUCAGCUGCAUGGCUCUCAAGUAUCACUUUCGCCGGAGGCAUCUGGGGAAAGUUCACUGUGAAAACUGUGGCCAAGAAGUCCUGAGGGAGAAGCUCCAAGAUCACAGUAAGUCUGUACAUGACAGGUCAACCAUGGAGACACACAAGCUAAACUGGGAAAAUCUAGAAGAAAGAAAUAUAAAGCAUAAGGCUACAAAGAUAUCAAAAACCUGUAGGAUGUGUUCUAGGUGCUUUGGAACGGUCCUUAGCCGGGAGAACCACGAAAUACAAGAGCACCACUUCACAGCCAGUAAAAGAGCCCAAAUGUCUGCAGGAUUUUCACUUCAUAAUAUGUUGGAGUGCAAAAGUCCCCAAGAGCUACAGAGAUUUGCAGACGAAAAAAUCCACCCUGCCUCGGGUCCUCUGCGCGCGGCUUGUGUGGCUGAAAUUGCUGUGCUGGUCCAGCGGAUCCAGGAUUGCUUUCCGGUGCGGGACCCCCGAGUGAUCCAGGCUGGUUCUUACAUAAAGGGGACUGACACCAGAGGAUGCUCUGAGAUUGACAUUGUGUUGUUCAGUGACGUAUUUGCCAAUGCGAACCAUUGCAAGAAACAAUUGAGAGAAGGGUUGGAUGCUCUGAGAAAAAACCUGAAGCAAACUUCGUACGGGAACAGGAUUCUAAUGGGGAAGAGAGCACCACUGUCUUUAAGAUUCAAUUUCUUAUGUACUGGAAGUCUUCAUAGUCAUUCUUUUGAGAUCAUGGCCUACUAUGAUGUCCUGGGGCCUACACCCUCCGCAGAUUUAAAACUUCACCUUUACCGCAAACUGUAUCUCUGUAAGGACAGUGACGAGGCACAGCUGUGCGCCUUGGCCCUCCUGCCGUACCAAGUGGAUUUCGUCAAGGCAUCUGUCGGCAGGGUGAAGGAGCUGGUUCGUUUAGUGAUACAUUGGUUCAAGACAUCAUUUGCCAACCCCACCGAGGAAAAUAAAUUCCGGAGACUUCCCUCCUCUUACACGAUGGAGCUCCUCACAAUUUACGUCUGGGAACUGGCGGGAAAGCCCCUGCUCUUCAGCCUGGUGCAGGGCCUGAGGGCCGUCCUCAAACUUCUGGUUCAAUAUACAGAAAUCGACAUUGUUUGGCACAGACACUACCAUCGCAAGUUUCCCGUUUUUGUAAAGGUUAACCAGAAACACACAAGGCCGUUCAUUUUAGACCCUGUAAAUCCUACUGUCAACGUGUGUGACACCUGCAACGCCUGGGACGAAGUUGCCCACGUGGCGAGAUGCAGCCUCUUGAAGCCUCUUUUCAGCAGAGUGAGAGCUGAGCCCCCCUGGCUUUUCACAAACAACUGGUAAAUUGGGCGAGGAGCCACGGCUGUCCAUGCAUUCUAGGAAGAAAAUAAAAAAGAUGCAAAAUAUGUUGCCAAUAAGAACGCUCUGGAUGAAGACAGUAGGAAGGAAACUUCCUAAUUUAAUUCACUCCUUUAGGGAACCCAAUCUUUAACAAACAUUUUUAUGUGAGCCAUCGUUUAAAAUAAAACGAUCUGUUUCGGCCUUUAAGACAAUUGUCGUCCCCUGCCCUAUUUUUUGGAUUUAUUUGCUUUGGUGGCCUUGUGACCAAAAAAAAUCCAAGUAUUCACAAUGGAUAAAUAAAUAAAAUUCCCAGACCUUUUGAGAGAAGAUUAUCUAACUGGGUAACAUAGCUCCCACUGAAACUUUAUGGUUUCAGGUUGACUUUUCAACUCUCCUGGCAGUCUGGUAUUUCAUUGGGUCACUUGCAUUUUCAAAAUUCCACUAUGAAAACCUGCCUGCACUAAGUACUGGCUAUUUCCUUCCAGACAUCAUCUCACCAAUCACUACGUGGAAACAGAAAUAUCUGGGAGAUACACAAUGGAAUGCCUCACAAUAAAUUGUUUCCCCAAAUCAUUUUAUGACUGUGUCACGACUCGACUCACGGGUCAGAGCGGAGCCGUACUUAAGGCUUGCAAGUCGUUAAGGCCUAAGUAGGGAUAAAUAAACUAGCCAGGCUACUGAAUGGUCCAGUUUUGCCACAACUGUUUUCAAUUGUUGGGAUCAACUGUUUUCUUUUCUAUUAAGGAGCAUUAGCAGCCACUGAUAAUGAAAGCCAGGGCCCACCAGAAAUAGAGCGGAGGAAAUUUCCUGACUCACUUGCAUGGCAACAAUUCAUCAGCACUGAAGAUAUAUGAAGUGUGACUGCGAGUGAUGUGAGCCAUUAGGCUUCCCCCUGACAGAGCUCUUACAUGUAGAUGAGUGCUGUCCCCCUCGGGCUAGUCCCCGGAGAACCAGUGAGCUUAUUCCAGCGGGGUGAUUGCUCUGGAAACACUUUUGGAUUUCCCUUCAGGGGAGAAUCUUCUUUUGAACAUCCUUAAUGGUGACAAAAUUUGUCCUUUGAGGGUGGAUUUGAUUUUUGGAAAUGGUACAAUGUAUUCAUAGUGGACGUCUGUUGGUUUUUUGUCUACUCAGAAUUCUUUUCCCCAAGGAAGGGUUCGAGAGGUUGCAUUUCUUCUGUUGUUCAUUCUGUCUCUGAAGGCUCUUGAGGAGAAAUCAUUUCAAAAACGUCUUGAGAAAUGGCCACAUUUUCCCCAUUUUGGUAACUGAACCCAUAUUUACCUCGAAUGACUAGUCCUUCCAGACUAAGUCUAAAUCGUUUAGGUGGGAUGCCUUGAUGACCACUUCCAGAGGGACAGACUCGGGACGCAGGCCUGGCACAGCAAUUGAUUCAACUAAGACACCACUGUGGCACUCACUUCUGGAAUUUGGAUUUGAACUGUUGGGAGGAGAAUUUCUCAUUCUGCUAUGACAUAAGCAUGAAACUACUGGCCACCAUCUUGCUGCUCCAAGGGGAGAGCCUGCCUAAGAAUGGAGCCAAGGCAGAAGAACGCAGAUUUGAGAAAUGAGCAAUGAUACACAUGUAUGUGCAUGUAGGCAUACAUCUAUAUAACGAGAGCUCAAGUCCUGGAUCCAGAUGUACUUGGAGCAAAAACUAUCUUGGGCUUCU